AUGAUACCAACAAAUUUCGCAAACGCAAUCAACGUCGUUAUCCAGUCCGCCGCCCUGGCCGCUCAACCACCAGCACCAUCAGUGUCCACUCUGCUCGGCACCGCCCCACGCCUCGCGGCAUCCAUCAAGGCCAGCUUCCCGAAUCCAAAUCUCGCUCUCCUCCCGCAACCAAUUUGGUGGUGGCAAUCUGGCACUGCCGUCGAGGCACUGCUCACAUACACCUCCGUAACAGGCGACCACCAAUACGAGCCAAUUCUCCAAAAUACCAUUCUCAGCCAAGCGACUCCAGGCGAUGAUUUCCUCACCGUCGAUGCUACCGGAAACGACGACCAAGCAUGGUGGGCCCUGGCUGCCGCCACGGCUGCUGAAGUGAAACUCCCCGACACCAAUCCUAACGCUACAUGGCUCGACCUCGCACGCAAUGUCUACGAGCAGCAGAAAGCACGCUGGGGAAACGAGAAGAAAGGAUCUGGAGGAUGUAAAGGCGGGUUGGGUUGGAAGAUUGCCAAAGGCGACGGCAACGACGGCUUCUUCUACAAAAACAGCAUUUCCAACGGCCUGCUCUUCCAACUUGCCGCGCGGGUAGCCCAGCUAUCUGCCGUGCAGAACGAGACUGCCGCCGCGGAGAUGAGCGCCUGGGCCAAUACAGUGUACGACUGGAGUGUGCAAGUGGGCCUUGUCAACGACCAGUUCGAUGUGUUUGAUGGCACCGACGAGAAGAACGGAUGUGCGGAUUUGAACCACAACCAGUGGAGCUACAAUGUGGGCGUGUACAUGUACGGGUCGGCCGUCAUGGCAGUGCAGACGGGCGACGCAAAGUGGGUGCAGCGAACCCGGGGCUUCAUCCAAUCUGCGAACCGCACGUUUGUAAAUCACGACACGGGCGCCCUGUGGGAGGCGACGUGCGAAAAGGACAAGAGCUGCGAUGCCGAUCAGAUUUCCUUCAAGGGACUGCUGGCAAGGUGGUUGGGUGCUACAGCUGAGAUUCUGCCACAAGUCAGUCUCGAUGCAAAGGCCAUUGGCACCAUGGACGGACUGGGCCCCAUUGACUCGUUCAACGCGCUCGAGCUCAUGUGCGCCAGUCUGAAGACGCAGGAGGUCCAGGGCGACGAGGGCGGUAUGAUUGGGCUGAGAAGGGCGAGGAGAGGAGUCGCUCGACAAGUUUGA